AUGGCGAUUCUAAACCCAGAGGCUGAAUCAGCGACCAAACAAGCCACAGAGAGCGAAGCCAAGCAACGUCAGCUCGCUAAGGCAGGCUACAAGCACGUCGAGGGUGCUCCAGCGCCACUGCCACUGGAAUUACCGCACUUUUCACUGCGUGAACUACGAGCGGCUAUUCCCAAGCACUGCUUUGAACGCUCCUUUGUCACUUCCACAUACUACAUGAUGAAGAACUUGAUCACGUGUGUCGCACUCUUUUACGCGGCAACUUUUAUUGAUCAGAUGGGCGUUGCUGCUUACCUGCUCUGGCCUUUGUACUGGUUUUUCCAAGGUACUUACCUGACGGGUAUUUGGGUCGUUGCGCACGAGUGUGGCCAUCAAUCUUACUGCUCUAGCGAGACAGUCAACAACAUGAUUGGUCUCGUACUACACUCGGCGCUGCUUGUGCCGUACCACAGCUGGCGCAUUUCGCAUCGUCAACACCAUUCGAACACGGGCAGCUGUGAAAAUGACGAGGUAUUUGUACCUGUUACCCGCUCUGCGAUCUCCAGCUCGUGGGAUGAGACUUUGGAGGACUCACCGCUGUAUCAGCUCUACCGCAUUGUGAACAUGUUGGUUAUUGGUUGGAACCCCGGCUACCUGUUUUUCAAUGCCACAGGCCCGACCAAGUACUCGGGCAAGGCGUGCAGCCAUUUUAACCCGUACUCGGCCAUUUACUCGGAUCGCGAGCGCUGGAUGAUCGUACUAAGUGACAUCUUCCUCGUGUUAAUGCUCGCUGUGCUCGCUGUGUUGGUGCACACCUUUUCAUUCUACACCAUGGUCAAGUUUUACGUCGUACCCUACUUCAUCGUGAACGCCUAUUUGGUGCUAAUUACAUUCCUGCAGCACACGGACACGUACAUUCCACACUUUCGAGAGGGUGAGUGGAACUGGUUGCGUGGUGCAUUGUGCACGGUGGAUCGUUCGUUCGGGUCGUACUUGGAUUCGGUGGUGCAUCACAUUGUGGACACGCACGUGUGCCACCACAUCUUUUCCAAGAUGCCAUUUUACCAUUGUGAGGAGGCCACGAAAGCCAUGAAACCACUGCUGGGCAAGUUCUACCUUAAAGACACUACGCCCGUCCCAUUGGCGGUGUGGAGAUCAUACACACACUGCAAAUUUGUCGAGGACGAUGGCAAGAUUGUCUUUUACAAGAACAAGCUGUAA